CGGCCGUGACCGCGCUGGGCCGGGGAGCAGAGGGACGUGUUCUGUCGCUGUACGGGGCGGUAAGCGCCGGGCAGCGCAGGGGGAGGCUGCCCGCCCGUCCGGAGCCAUUAACUCUUCAGGGGUCGGUCUUGCCCGGGCCUGCGCCGAACUCGGCGGUUUGGCCUCGGAGAGAAGCUAUAGGGCAAAACUCGUGCUGUGAGGUGCGAAGUUGUCAAGUUUCUGGUGCUAUGCUGGUGAUUAAUGCAGGAAAGACCAUAUAAAUAGAAGCUGAGGUGACAGGCAAGGCAGAGGAAUGCGACGAUGUGGAUGUUGUGGAAAUGCCUUAAAGAGCUCCUCUGUCAGACAGUGACUACGAGUCAAGUCUCCUUGCUGCUGGGCUGAGUGCCUGAUGCUGGCUGUCAUGGCUGAUCCCACAGCAGAAGAACACGUCUCCCAGGUCAGUGAACUCUGCUGCGAAUGUGGUCAGUUCCACCUCUUGCUGGACAAUCAUCUCUACAACUUCCAGGAUGAAGUGGAUGAUGAACUCAUCUGCCACAUCUGCCUUCAGCCUCUACUCCAGCCUAUGGACACCCCUUGUGGACAUACGUACUGUUUCAAGUGCCUUGAGAACUUCAUGCAGGAGUAUAACUUUUGUCCUAUGGAUCGGAAGAAGCUCUCCUUCCAGCAGUGCCACAAGUCCAGCCUUCUAGUCAGAAACCUGUUGGAUAAGCUGAUUGUCUUCUGCCCUUUCAAGGCUGAGUGUCAGCAAACAAUGCAGCGGUGUGAACUAGAAGCUCAUCUGCAAAACAGGUGUCCUGGUUUCAAGAAAUACAAAUCUGAACUACAGCGGAGAAAGAAUGCCAGUUCCAAAGGGAAGGAAGAUCCUCCUGCCAGGGUGGAGACAAACACACCCAAGGACCCAGAGGUACCAAGUGCAGGAUCCUCACUUGUGGCAGAAAGCUCUGCAGCGGCUGUGGUAUCACUGGGGACUGUGGAGCCUGGGCUGGUUAAUCCAGCAUUUGAGGAGACUGAAGAAGACCUUCCUCAGAGAACUAGUCUUGUGGCUGAAACAACUACAGUUGAAAUUCACCGAGAAGACCCCGAAGAAGAGCUGGGGAUGAGGAUAGUUGGGGGUAAGGACACCCCACUAGGGAACAUCGUUGUUCAGGAAGUCCUGCGGGAUUCUGUCAUCGCUGCAGAUGGGAGAAUAGCACCUGGAGACCACAUACUGGAGGUGAAUGGCGUCAACAUCAGCAGUGUGACUCACUGCCAAGCUGUCUCCUUCCUGCGCCACCCAGGUCCUGUUCUCCACCUCAUGGUCCUGCAGGAGAAGGGUUUUUCCAAUAAGACUGCACAACAGGAUUCCUCUUCGGCUACAAACCGGGAAGUGAUCCACGUGACCUUGAUAAAGAGAGACCGAUCCGAACCCCUGGGGAUCAAACUGAUCCGGAAGACGGAUGAGCCAGGGAUUUUUAUUCUAGAUUUGUUAGAGGGAGGUUUGGCAGCCAAAAACGGAAAGCUGAGUCGGAAUGACAGAGUCCUCUCAAUAAAUGGCCAGGAUUUGAGGCAAGGAACACCUGAGGCUGCUGCACAGAUAAUCCAGACCACUGAGUCAAGAGUGAACUUUGUGAUCCUGAGGCAGCCAGGCAGCCAGUUGCCAGAGCAGGUAGAAGAUGGCAGCACAUCAAACAGCAGCAGCAGCAGCAGCAGCAAUGGGGGAAGCCCCGUGCACCAUCGGAGGCGACUAGACCAGAAUCACUACAGACGGAAAUCCACCUACCAGAAGGAUUUACCUCAGGGGUACGCAAGUCACGAAAAGACAGUUGCAAUAAAGAAGGAACCAAAGGAAUCUUUAGGAAUAACAAUUGGAGGUGGAAGGGAUAACAAAAACAAGCUCCCUAUAUAUGUAACGAGCGUGCAGCCCAUUGGGUGCCUCUUCAGGGAUGGCAGAAUCAAGCGAGGAGAUGUACUUCUGAGCAUAAAUGGCAUUGAUUUGACUCAUCUCAACUACUACGAAGCUGUCUCAGCACUGAAAUCUAAUGCAGCUUCCCACUCAGUGGUACUGAAAGCUUUGGAAAUCAUUCCACUGAAUGCACCAGAGCCCUCUCUGGACAUCAAGGAGCAAGGGUUCAGCUGGUCUCCCCUCUGGAUCAUGUGGCUUGGGUUGCCUAGCUACCUUCACUGCUGUCAAGAUAUCGUCCUUAGCAAGGGUAACCUGGAGAGCUGGGGCUUCAGCAUCGUUGGGGGCUUUGAGGAAAGCAAAGGAAACAAACCAUUCUUCAUCAAAACCAUAGUGCCUGGGACACCUGCCUUCCGAGACAGGAAGCUCAAGUGUGGAGAUGAAAUCGUGGCAGUAAAUGGAGUGCCUGCGAUCGGAAUGAGCAACUCGGAACUCAUCCCCAUGCUGAAGGAGCAAAGGAACAAAGUCACGCUCACUGUGGUGUCCUGGCCAGGCAGCCUCGUGUGAAAGCUCAGCCACCCCGCACCCCAGUUCCAGGUAUCAGCUGCCGUCACACAAAGCUAAACAGACAAGCCCAAGGAAUGCAGCGCUCUUGCUACUGCCAUGGAAGACUUUUCAGCUUCCUUUUUGCAGGAAACAUUUCUUCACUGUGCUGAGGUUAUCUACAAACCUGGCUGUUGGAUUCCAAGUCAAGGCUAAUCUGAACCGUUGUAGCUCUUUAGGAUUGGUGCAGAGCAAGCUCACUUUCCAGGAUUUCUCUACAAAUCACUUUUGAGGCGUUUUCCUCAAUUUUAGAGCUCUGCUUCCCAUUUACUAUUUUGGACAGGUUUAGACAGGCACCACUGUCCCAUUUCCCUGCUAGUUUAGUUCUGCUGCCUGAUCCCGCUGCCAUUCUUGAACAUAGAGUCAUUUUAUACAUGUUUUUAAAGCCACUACUAAAGCUGUGAGGAUGGGGACUGAACUGAGCAGUUCCUGCAGCCCCCAGCCUCGAUGUUUUUAGGUUACUGAAACCCAAUGAAUGUGUUUGUACAUUAAAAACCCAAUGGUAACGCGUAGCUGAGGAGCUGCUAGGUCAGUGUGGUGGAGCUGUCUUAAGCUCCCAUUGCCAGGCAGCUGCUGUGAAUGCCGAUGGUGAAUCCUCCCUCCAGGCCAGUGUGCCUGGGGUGGCUGCAGUCCCAUCCAGAAUUGAAGGCAUGGAAGCCAAGGCAGGUUGGUUUGACCUUCACCCCCUGCCACAUUCCUACUUGCGGACUCCAAUGAAGCAGUUCCCUUUUUAGAAGGCUGUUAAUCACAAGUGACCGAUCCUUCUCAAACCAGGUUGCACUGAGACAUCUCUCUCACACAGUUCCUGCUGUGACUUUCACGGGGCCAGCUCAGACCAUAAGAAUCAGAAGAGCUUUUCCCUCCCCUGUAAAAAUACCACCUAGGAUGAAUGUGUAAUUCCUUGUAGUAAACCGACUGCAGGGAAGUGCCUGUCGUUGUCUAAAGCAGGGCUUUUCUUAGGGCUGGCUCCUGUGUAAUUAGCAGUUACUACAGAGUGGAACUGUUCCUCACUAGGUGACUGAGUUGUUUACACACAGGGUGACUUCACUUCCUUCAGCUCUUAGCUCAAGGCAGUGUAUUGCAGCCCCUGUUAUCAGAGCCCAUUAGACAGAAAUAGCUCAGGAUCCAGUCCUCAGAAGCAUCCCCAGCACACAGCGUGGCCUCUUUGCUUGAUAAAUACCUCUGCAGCCUGACAGCAGAAGCAUUGCUGGGCUCUGCAGCCUUUUGUGCCUGUUCUGCUGAACGCUGACAGUGAAACAAUUCCAAACUCGGAAAGGUGCCUGUGGAAAACCGACCCUCAACCCUCACCUGAAGCAGCAAAGAUCCUGAAGUGUUUUUUGUCUCUUUCCAAUCACC